CGACGUUCCAUUUAGCGGAGGAGAGACGAUCGUCUCCAGCCCCGCUUCUUCUUUUCACUCGCCUCUCAAUUUCUCCUCUCCUCUCUCUCUCUCUCCGAUUCCGGCCUCCUCGAGGGGUAGAGAGAGUGAGGGCGGGCGACGAGCUGGGAACUUUGGUAAAUAUCCAGACCAAAAGGAAAGGUUUAUUGAGAGGAGAGCAGCAUGACACAAGGCGAUCAUCACAUCUUUCUUCUUGUCUAAAGACGGAUAACUUCCGACUGGCAUUGAUUUUUGUUGUAUGUACAAUUAGAAUAACUGGAGCUCCUUCCUUUGGCAUUUUAGCUGCCAUGCCAUUGUUCUGGGGUUAAAUCAAGUUUAUGUUCAUCAAGUUGAACUCGGGUAGACACUGUAGCUCAAAUGCCAGGAUUGAGCAUGAAGAGAAAAUCAAAUGAGGGAUGCCUAAGAUUGCACAGUGUUCAUGCUCGUCAAAGAUUAACCAGGAGAUCAGAAAAAUUCUCUUCUCAGAUCAAUACAGAGGUGGAAAUUUCUGAUCAAUGUCACCAAAUUGAUGAUGGACAGUAUUCAAAAGAAAUUAUUACCAGUGCUGCUGAGUCAGGUUCUCUGUCAAGGACAACAGAAUCAGAUGGAGCAUCCACUCUAUUUCUGAACUGGUCCUCAUUAUCACCUGAUGUUUUGUCCAUUGAAACAUUGGGUUCACUAACAACAUUCUUGACGUCUGAAGAGGAAACAAUUUUUUCACCCAAUUUUGAGGAUGGUGAUUCUCAGCUAGCUAAUCAUGGUGAUGGAGUUAAAGAUGGAACUUCUGAAUUGCCUAAUUUGGUUACUGAUGAAGGGGAUAAUGGAAUCACUGGCCUGACUGAUUAUGAAGCUUGCAGUUUGUUGGAUAUCUGCUUCUCAGAUAGUGUUCCUUCUUUACCAUUUCAUAGUUGUAUGGGAUUUCCUGAUGUUUCUUUCCAUCAUUGUGAACUCACUAACUCUGACAUACUUAUUGAUGUGGCGGAGAAGUAUGUGCUGCUGCCAUUCCCUGAGAAGAUAAUGGAAACCAGUGGCAUUCACAGCAAUGAAUCAAUCGAAGAAAUCAUGUUGAACUCAGAUGAUGCAUGCUUUUACAUAGCAACUCAUCAAGAAUUCGACAUGAAUUGUCAAUCUGGUGAUUUGCGAGAAACCGAAUGCUUCAAUCCCCAGUUAGAUUUCAGAUUCUCGCAUCAUAUUCAAGCAAUUCCAUCUGGUUGUCCUUUACUCCCCGAGAUUGAAACACAGGAAAGGAAACCCAUAACUCUUGUGCUUGAUUUAGAUGAAACUUUGGUACAUUCUUCGCUAGAGCACUGCGAUGAUGUAGAUUUCACUUUUUCAGUUUUCUUUAACAUGAAGAAGCAAACUGUAUAUGUAAAGAGACGGCCUUUCCUGCAGAUGUUCCUCGAGAGAGUGGCACAAAUGUUUGAAAUUGUUAUUUUCACAGCUAGCCUAAGCAUCUAUGCUGCACAAUUACUCGACAUACUGGAUCCAGAGCAAAGAAUAAUUUCUAGGCGCAUCUAUCGUGAAUCUUGUAUAUUUUCAGAUGGUUGCUAUACAAAAGACCUAACUAUCUUGGGGGUUGACCUAGCCAAAGUUGUCAUCAUAGACAAUACUCCACAGGUUUUCCAUUUGCAAGUUAAUAAUGGCAUUCCAAUUAAAAGUUGGUUUGACGAUCCAUCUGACCUCGCUUUGGUUCAAUUGCUUCCUUUUCUCGAGUCCCUGGUUGAUGCUGAUGAUGUUCGUCCAAUCAUCGCAAAGAAGUUUGGUAAUAAACUGCCGCCUGCUUUUUUCUUGGGGACGCCAUUAUCUCCUCAAAAGGACCACCAUAAAGUAGAGGUUCCACCACCACCAUCACCUCCCCCCGCUUUCCUCAUCAUCACAGCCAUCACUGCUGUUCCAACACAAGACUGCAACACACAGCAAGCUCUGCAAUCCAUGGCAGCACUUGAAGAACACGCGUCGCUGCAGUCCGCAAACGCCAUGCCUGAAAUGGACGUCAUCACGCCAAUCGCCACAGUUCCAGUGGUCAACCCCACCGCCACCACGACCACCACCCCUGUCUACAAUCCCUUUCCGACGAUGACUCCGUACUCGACUCCAGCUUCCUCCUCGUCGUCGGGGCAAAGCUGGUGCGUGGCGAGCCAAACUGCAUCCCAGGCCUCGUUGCAGGUCGCCCUGGAUUACGCCUGCGGAUAUGGUGGUGCCGAUUGCUCUUCCAUUCAAAAAGGUGGCGGAUGCUUCGACCCUGAUACCAUGCGCGACCACGCUUCCUAUGCAUUCAACGAUUACUACCAGAGGAAACCCAACCCGACGAGCUGCGAUUUCGCAGGAACUGCCAUCAUCACCAGCGUCGAUCCCAGUAAGUUGCCCAAAUACUCGCAACAAACAAGUUCUUCAUCUCGCCGAUUCUUUAAUUAUCUUUCUCAAUCUGACAGGUACUUCGACAUGCCAUUAUCAAUCAACGAGAUUAGCUUAUUGUUAUUUUGUCUUGUUAUUAUUUACAUACACAUGCAGGGUUCACUAACAACAUUCUUGACGUCUGAAGAGGAAACAAUUUUUUCACCCAAUUUUGAGGAUGGUGAUUCUCAGCUAGCUAAUCAUGGUGAUGGAGUUAAAGAUGGAACUUCUGAAUUGCCUAAUUUGGUUACUGAUGAAGGGGAUAAUGGAAUCACUGGCCUGACUGAUUAUGAAGCUUGCAGUUUGUUGGAUAUCUGCUUCUCAGAUAGUGUUCCUUCUUUACCAUUUCAUAGUUGUAUGGGAUUUCCUGAUGUUUCUUUCCAUCAUUGUGAACUCACUAACUCUGACAUACUUAUUGAUGUGGCGGAGAAGUAUGUGCUGCUGCCAUUCCCUGAGAAGAUAAUGGAAACCAGUGGCAUUCACAGCAAUGAAUCAAUCGAAGAAAUCAUGUUGAACUCAGAUGAUGCAUGCUUUUACAUAGCAACUCAUCAAGAAUUCGACAUGAAUUGUCAAUCUGGUGAUUUGCGAGAAACCGAAUGCUUCAAUCCCCAGUUAGAUUUCAGAUUCUCGCAUCAUAUUCAAGCAAUUCCAUCUGGUUGUCCUUUACUCCCCGAGAUUGAAACACAGGAAAGGAAACCCAUAACUCUUGUGCUUGAUUUAGAUGAAACUUUGGUACAUUCUUCGCUAGAGCACUGCGAUGAUGUAGAUUUCACUUUUUCAGUUUUCUUUAACAUGAAGAAGCAAACUGUAUAUGUAAAGAGACGGCCUUUCCUGCAGAUGUUCCUCGAGAGAGUGGCACAAAUGUUUGAAAUUGUUAUUUUCACAGCUAGCCUAAGCAUCUAUGCUGCACAAUUACUCGACAUACUGGAUCCAGAGCAAAGAAUAAUUUCUAGGCGCAUCUAUCGUGAAUCUUGUAUAUUUUCAGAUGGUUGCUAUACAAAAGACCUAACUAUCUUGGGGGUUGACCUAGCCAAAGUUGUCAUCAUAGACAAUACUCCACAGGUUUUCCAUUUGCAAGUUAAUAAUGGCAUUCCAAUUAAAAGUUGGUUUGACGAUCCAUCUGACCUCGCUUUGGUUCAAUUGCUUCCUUUUCUCGAGUCCCUGGUUGAUGCUGAUGAUGUUCGUCCAAUCAUCGCAAAGAAGUUUGGUAAUAAACUGCCGCCUGCUUUUUUCUUGGGGACGCCAUUAUCUCCUUGAAUUCAUCAUAUCAUCUUACUGGCUCUCUUUCUAUAGAAUGCCAAUUUAUCCAGAUCGUUUUCUUUGCUUUUUUAGAUUUGAUCCUAUUCUCAGGCUCAACUACAAACAAAAUUGUAUCUAAUUCAUUCCCUUGAGCUGUAUAUUCCAUUCGGACGCCGUUGUAGACUUAGCAUUUUGUGAAAGGAAAUAAAAAGUGUUUGUUUAUACCA